AAAGGGAUAAAGAGAAAAAGAAGAAAAAAGCAACAUCCUCUUGCUUUUUUUCAAUUUUUAAAACUAAUAAUAUUCUACUCUUUCUUAGUUCAUAGAUUUUGGUAGUUGAGUGAAUAGUCAGGAUGCUGGAAGGCAAAGCAGUAAUUGGAGACACAGACAUGCUGGCAACCAUGCAACGAGAUGCCUUAGAUUUAGCUGCAAAAGCUCUUGAUUUUUUUGAUGUCACUGAGGCCACUGAAAUUGCCCGCUACCUUAAAAAGGAAUUUGAUACGAUGUAUGGACCGGGUUGGCAAUGCAUAGUAGGGACUGACUUUGGUUCAUUUGUAACUCAUUGCUAUGGCUGUUUCAUCCAUUUUUACAUUGGCAGCCUUGCCAUUUUGCUCUUCAAAGGCUCAGCUGCUCUGGAGGACGCCAAAGCUGAGGCUGAGGCUGACCGAUUUUCCGCUCUGCAGGAAAUAGCGUGAAGCCGCCAUUCAGCCAUACCUCCAAGUUGUUGAUUAGAAUGGAAUUAAUUGGAUGUCCCGAGCCUAAUGUCACUUCUCCAUUUUACCAUUCUCAGCCAGGACCUACUCCAAUGUACAAUAUUAGGAAAAAAUAUAUAUUAGGAUCUUCCAAAGUUUUUCCCAUAAAUUAUUUUCAGUUUAAUCUCUUCACAUUUUUGUUUACAAGUUAUAUAUGUCCAUUCUCUUUGGUCAUGAUCAAUGUCAUUUUGCUUUAUGAUUUUGAUU